CCACUCCCACCAGGACACGACAGGCACCGGGCACACGUCCACCACAAUGGCAUUCCAGCCAGGAGCAGGGUCAGGGGGACAGCCGAGUGAACCCCUUGGGAAUCAGGACAAAGACAUGAAGGUUUUGUUCGACACAUUCAUUCCGAAAGAGGAAGGUAGUUCCACUAUUAUGGACCUCCCCACGCCGUUCAUCUUCACCCUGCGUGACGUCAAGCAGAAGGUCGUCCGCUUGCAGAGCAACAAUCUUGUGGCCGAGACCUCCAACUCGGAACCCGAGAAACUCAGUGUGGUGCCCAACCGGUUCGUACAGGGCAAACAGUAUCCCAUCAUCCUGGGCGUCCAGGGAGGAAGUAGCUGCCUGUCAUGCGGAACAUCGGCCCAACCCAACCUGCAGCUGGAGAAUAAGCAAAUCAUGGAAUUAUUUGAAGACAAGGAGCAAGCCGCUCGCUUCACUUUCCACAACACUCCUGAAGGCAGCACCCACCGCUUCGAGUCAGCCGCCUACCCGGGCUGGUUUCUCUGCACCUCCCAGAAGAACAGCGAGCCCAUCCGCAUCACCAACCGCAUGGGCGAGACAGAGAUCACUGAGUUCUAUUUUAAUAGGAUUCUGACCUAAUAGCUGCCUGCGAUGGGAAGACACUCGAAGUAUGCGAUGGAUGACGAAGGCCGCAGAGGUUCCCCCCUUCACCCCAAACGAUAUUGCUUCCUUCUUUUUAGUCCUAGAAAUUAAAGUAGUGUCUACUCUCCUUUUUCUGGGAGACUCUCUGGUGACUCCAGAACUCGUGGCAUUAUGACAUCACCGGCACCAAGGAAGCAAAUCCUGAGCAGUUGAGAGGGGAUGGGAUAUUUAGCCAGGCUGGUUUUUAUGGUCUUGUUUUUUAUUAACCUCCAGUUAACACAAACACUCAACACAUAGUUGGGAGCAAAGCGUUUGCUGUUUAAGAUCCAGCAAAAGGUCAAAGCCAGCCCCUGCUACAAACUCAGAGCAGAGGAGGGCAGGGUGAGCCCCUGCUCUCGGAAUCUCUGUGCCAGCAUCACUAGGUACCCAUCCCAAAAGGAGCUCCAGCCCCUGCAUCGGGGCCAACCGUCAAGGGUCCUGUGACCCAGUCACAUGGGUUUACGUAGGAUUGGGCAUUGCACUAACAAAUAUGGUCCCACGCAGCAUAUGGCCCCAAGGAAAUGCUGUGGUAGCGUUAGUGAUGCUAUUAGAUCCAGGUCAGGAAAGCAGCUGUGGGCAAUAUAGCACUUAAACACAUGCUUCAAAUUCGUGUGGCUCAUGUUCUUUCCUGACUCAGGGCCAUGGUGCAGGUUCUGAUCUCCUUAGAAAGCUCCCAAAUCCCAUUAGCCACCUUAUAGUGCUUAGAUGCUAUGAGUACGGGCCUAUUUCUGCAGGCACUUUACUCCUGGGUGCACUGCUGGCUACGCUGGGCAUGCUCAUUGCAGUCAGCGGAACUCCUCGCAGUAGGAAGCAGCAGAGGCAAGGUUAAGGUGUUAGCUGGACUGAAUCCUUAGACAUCUCUCACCAGAUUUACGCUCCCUCACAGAUUCCAAGGCCAGAAGAGACCAGUGUGAGAUCUUCUGUGUCACACAAGCCAGAGAACUGCCCACAA